GUUACACAUUGUGCUUCAUAGGCUUGAAGUUCCAUGGGUGAAUGGAGUAUGCCUAUAGAGCCUACUGUGGUAUAAAGAUAUAUAUAUAGCUCGUGUGUUUGUACAGGGAGCGCGUGUAUCAACUGGGACGGGACUGGGGCUCGGGCAUUGCACACUGGGCUGUAGAGGGCAGCGAGCUACCGUCCCUUGCAGUAGGGGUCCGUACGGUGCUUGGACUGCUUGUGCACGUAAAUCACUUACUAAAGGCAGGACAACAGCAUUUUAUUUGAAGGCAAAUCGAGUUACAAUUACUUUCACUGCGACUUUGACAGCAAUCUAGUGCGCUAACACACAAGGUGACAAGGGCUGAAAGCCAACGAUGUUUGAUCCCCCUAGAAACUGCUCCGUGACCUCGGCUUCUCCCGAACUUCCUAGAAGGUGGAGUUGCUUCUUAUCGAUCAGUUCUCGGCUGCAGAACGAAGCAGAAACUGCAUAUUUACCGCUCUGCUUGUGGAAAAGUUCUGCGGCGCGAACUCUCUGAUAACCGACUCCAGCCGUGGCCCUUGAUCAUGUAGCCCAGUGUGUGUGGGCAUUUCUAUUAUUAUAGACAUUGAGUACAUUGAGUACAGACCCCCACGCCAAACAAUUACACUCCCCACUCGUGUACACCACCACGGGCAUUUGUCAAGGGCCGGCUGCUCGCCCCAUCUUCCAAAUAAUCUUCCAAAUAGUCCUCACGCUGCCGGGCAGGGGGUCACAGGGAGAGUAUAGGAAGGCGGCUCGCCCAGUGGGUGGGGGUGCUGGUGAGUAGGAGGGGGUGAGGAAGGUGAUCGUAACCGUGCAUUUUUGGUCAAUGUCACACUCCUAUUUUUGAGUCCGGGACAAGCGAACAGGUGCCCAACUUGUCACUCAGCUUUGCUCUUACAGAACCACUCUUCGGGGCACAAACUUUAUUCAUUUUUGGACCACGGUGGAUUUUUGUGGAAAUUAAUCGUGGAAGUUCUGCUCAUGUCUCCUAACUAGUUUAGAACCCAGCACCUGAGAUCUAACUGGGUGGGGGGCGGUCAUUGUAACUGGGACCAAUCCAGAGACCCUCAGUGACCGAUUUUGUAUAAGAUUCCAAAAAUCAAUCCAAUAAAACAAAGAUAAGAAGAAAGAACAUUUUUGAUGUGUAAGUUGAAAUGGAGGUGCCACCCAGACGAUUAUUUAGCUAAAGUUUCAGGAUGCAAACAUAAUGUGAAGGAGCAACAUCUACUAUAUAUAGAUGAAUUGACAAUUAAACAGAGGAAAGGGGCGUCUGGGUUUAUCUACACAAGCUGAAAGAAGUGUUUGCACUGACACAACCUCAGGAAAGCCGAAGAUGGCUGCCAAACGAAAAGGCGGCCUAAAACUAAAUGAAAUCUGUGCCAAACUAAGCCGGCAAGUGGUGUCAGAACAGGCAUCGGACUUGGGAGAUGGGGAUGUUGGACCUCUGGAUAUCAGGGAAAGGGAAGGAGAACAAACACAAGAAGGAGACCCCACAGACUCUCUGAACUCUGAGCAGAGGAGUGCAGAAGAAGACAAGAGACGUAGAGAAGUAAUAGAGAAGUGGGUUAAUGGAGAAUACACUGAUGAGCCCCCUGAAAGAAUGAUCAAGGACUUUAAGAAGAUAGGGGCAACUGAACUUCCCCCUGAAGGCAUCUACAUGGUACAACCAAAGGGAUGUAGCGAUGAAGAAGACAACACUGAAGAACCGAGAAUUUCUCUAGUUGGUAAAGUCCCCGAGGAGAGAGAUUUAGAGAAGCCUGUUUUAAAGGAUGCAGCAGAGGCAGCUAUUAAACAAACCUCAGGGGCAUCUACAGGAGAAACCUCAUCCCUGCGUGAUUAUGCAGCAAACACUAUGAAUGAAUUUCUUGGAAUGUUUGGGUAUGUACAUCCUAAUGUGCGGGAUGAGCUUGCAAAGAAGAUCAGCUUUGACAAACUAAAUGCUGCUACCUCGGAGCCCCAUACUGCUGAGGAUGCACUCAGCAAACGAGCCAGGUUCUCUAAAUAUGAGGAGUAUAUCCGUAAAUUGAAGGCCGGAGAAAACCUUUCUUGGCCCCCACAAGUAAAGAAGUGUGACGAACUGAACCCUAAAACAAUGCAGGUUAAAGAAGGAGGAACACAACAACCAGCACAGCAACCAAUCACUGGCAGACUACCUGGACUUGAUUCAGGCAUAGUACAAGAGAUGAAAACUUCUGUUUUGCCCCUUUCAACUGCUACCACCUCACAUAUGCAAGGUCUUGUAUCUAGAGCUUCCAAAUAUGAUUUCUUCAUUCAAAAGCUAAAAACUGGAGAAUCACUGAAGCCACAGAAUGGAAAUACAUAUAAGAAGCCCUCAAAAUAUGACCUGGAGAAUGUCAAGUAUCUUCACCUUUUCAAACCUGGAGAGGGUAACCAAGACAUGGGUGGUUCUAUUGCUUUCAAGACAGGGAAAGUGGGCCGUCCUUCUAAAUAUGAUGUUCGUAAUAUACAGAAACUCACCCCACUGAAGGCAGCAGCAGUUGUUCCAAGCCUAACUCCAGCUUCUCUUACGAGCAAUCCUACCACCCCGGCACCAGCAACAGAGCAGCCUGUGACAUUGCCCUUCAAUACUCCAGAGUAUCUUAAAUCAACCUUCUCAAAAACAGAUUCUAUCACUACAGGGACAGUCUCCACAGUCAAGAAUGGACUACCCCCAGAUAAGCCCCCUGAAGAUGUAAAUAUUUAUCAGAAAUAUAUUGCCAGAUUUUCAGGCAGCCAGCACUGUGGGCACAUUCAUUGUGCAUAUCAAUACCGCGAACACUACCACUGCCUGGACCCUGAGUGCAACUACCAGAGAUUUACAAGUAAACAAGAUGUAAUUCGACAUUACAAUAUGCACAAGAAACGUGAUAACUCUCUUCAGCACGGUUUCAUGAGGUUCAGCCCGCUAGAUGACUGCAGUGUGUACUACCAUGGCUGUCAUCUGAAUGGGAAAAGCACACACUAUCAUUGCAUGCAGGUGGGCUGUAACAAAGUAUACACCAGCACCUCUGAUGUCAUGACACAUGAAAAUUUUCACAAGAAGAACACACAGCUGAUAAAUGAUGGCUUUCAACGGUUUCGCGCUACAGAAGACUGUGGCACUGUUGAUUGCCAGUUCUAUGGACAGAAAACUACCCACUUUCAUUGCAGGAGACCUGGCUGUAGCUUCACUUUUAAGAACAAGUGUGAUAUAGAGAAGCACAAGAGCUACCACAUAAAAGAUGAUGCUUAUGCAAAAGAUGGUUUUAAGAAGUUCUACAAAUAUGAAGAAUGCAAAUAUGAGGGUUGUGUAUACAGCAAAGCCACCAACCACUUUCACUGUAUCCGUGCUGGCUGUGGCUUUACAUUCACUUCCACCAGCCAGAUGACUUCACACAAGCGCAAACAUGAGAGGCGGCACAUACGCAGCUCUGGGGUCCUUGGUCUCCCAUCAUCUCUAAUCGGUGGCAAAGACAAUGACAUUGAGGAGUCCAGCAAUGAUGACUUAAUUGAUUUCUCUGCUUUAAGUAGUAAGAAUUCCAGCUUGAGUGCCUCUCCCACCAGUCAACAGUCUUCCGCACCCAUGAUCACUUCUGGUUCUGAGGUUCCUUCUCCUCAGACAAACAAAGUCACCAGCACUGUUCCCCCCAACAGCAAGGUCACUGGCCUCCUUUCCCAGACAUUGCCCAGUAAUAUGCCCUUGGCUUUGGCCCUUUCUAGUUCAGCACUUCCCGGAGCUGGGCCCUAUUUCCCAAUUAUAAGUGGGCAUGGGUGUACUUCUCUCCCUGUUAGCGGCACUAACUCAAUUCCUGUAGUUGCCCCAGACUCUUCUCCACAGUCUGCUUCAGGAGCCAGUGAUCAAAAUAGCAAUUUGCCAGCUGCCCCAUCCAUUAUGGAAAGGAUUUCAGCAAGCAAGGGGUUAAUCUCACCUAUGAUGGCACGACUGGCAGCAGCUGCCUUGAAGCAGUCUCCAUCUCUUGAAGCAGGUAAUGGCCAGCUAUCUGGGCAUCAAAGUUUAGGAAGUGCCGGCACAGAUUCUACAGACACAGAGGUUACACCAUCUCAGAACACUUCACAAGAGCACAGUCUGGAUCUUAGUUUGAACAGUGAAUCCAAUGGCCAGGAAACUGUCUCUGACCAACUACUCCAAGCAUCACUUGUGAAUAAGUCCAGCUCUAUUCCUGGAAAUUUGCUCAGCCUUAAAGCAGAUGCUGAUAGUAAUGACUCUGGGACUGUGGAUUCAACGCAUUACCUUGGCAAGGUGAUGAAGGCUCUUGCUCAGGAAAAGCACAAAGAGCAUUGGAAAACAUACCUACGCAGGUUUGGUCCUACAGAUGUAUGUGACCCUCAGUGUGACUUCCUGCACAAGCUUCACUUUCACUGCGUGGUUGAAGAAUGUGGAGCCCUCUUCAGCACCUUGGAUGGAGCCAUAAAACAUGCAAACUUCCAUUUCCGGACUGAUGUGGGAACUGCAAAAGGCAGCUCUGACUUCCCUUUUUCAGGAGACAUCAUAAGUUCCUUGGGUCCCUCAACACCCCCAUUGCCUUCUACUAUGCCCCCUGGAUGUGAGGUACCAGCUUCCUGUCCAGCUGCUGUGCCAUCAGCACCAACUCUACUUGCAUGGAAGCAGCUGGCAUCCUCUAUCCCACAGAUCCCCCAAAUACCAGCCUCAAUGCCCAGUCUGGCAUCAUGUCCCAUGACAACUUCUUCCUUGGAGAAUGCAAAGCCUCAAGUCAAACCUGGAUUCCUGCAGUUUCAAGAAAAUGACCCCUGUCUAGCCACAGACUGUAAAUAUGCAAACAAAUUUCACUUUCACUGUCUGUUUGGGAACUGCAAAUAUGUCUGUAAAACAUCAGGCAAAGCUGAAUCGCACUGCCUUGACCACAUCAAUCCAAAUAAUAACCUGGUGAAUGUUCGGGACCAGUUUGCAUACUACUCCCUCCAGUGCCUGUGCCCUAAUCAGCACUGUGAGUUUAGAAUGCGAGGGCAUUACCACUGUCUACGUUCCAACUGUUACUUUGUUACUAACAUCACAACCAAAUUGCCAUGGCAUGUAAAGAAGCAUGAGAAGGCUGAAAGACGAGCAGCAAAUGGCUUCAAGUACUUCACUAAAAGGGAAGAAUGUGGAAGGAUUGGGUGCAAAUACAAUCAGGUGAACAGUCACUUCCACUGCAUUCGAGAGGGUUGCCAGUUUUCAUUCCUGCUGAAACACCAGAUGACAUCACAUGCCCGCAAGCACAUGAGGAGGAUGCUAGGGAAAAACUUUGACAGAGUACCUGGCCAGGUUGUUUCUCAUGGUGCCAGAAGUGACAACUUCUCCCAGGUCACCACAACAGCCAGCCCAUCGUCUAUAGAUACAUCUUUUCAAACUACACCUCAAAAUUUCCUGGAUACAGAGACUGAUGAAUACUUGGACUACACUGGGGCAGGCAGCCCUGAUGGGAUGUCAUCUGAGUCCUCCAACAUGGAUCGCAGUUGCUCCAGUACUCCAGUAGGCAACGAAAGUGCAGAAGCAGGCUGCCUGGUCCCUUCUGCUUCUGAAGACGCUCUCACCCACAAUGUACCUCCACCACCACCUACAGCAGCAACGGCUGUUCCUCAUGCUCCUUCCUUUACACCUUCCUUGGUCAGGUCUCCUCUUACUUCCCUCCCGUAUCUGCUUUCACCAUCCUGUGUCUCAUACUCCCUGAUCACUGCCAGCUUGGGUGUCGGCAGGGGCAUUGUGGUGCCCACCAACAGCGCUCCAGCUUUCACACCAGUUAUAGCCACUUCUGCUCCAGUCAAAAAUGAUGUCCCUCUAGUACAGGAUGCUGCAGGCAACACCAUCACUAUGCCAACAGCUUCUGGAGCCAAGAAAAGGUUUUGGAUAAUUGAGGAUAUGUCUCCUUUCGGCAAGAGACGCAAAACGGCUUCUUCACGCAAAAUGUUGGAUGAGGGCAUGAUGUUAGAGGGUUUCAGACGUUAUGAUCUUUAUGAAGAUUGCAAGGACUCAGCUUGCCAGUUUUCCCUAAAAGUCACUCACUACCAUUGCACUAGGGAGAACUGUGGCUAUAAGUUCUGUGGUCGGACCCACAUGUACAAGCAUGCCCAGCACCAUGACAGAGUCGACAACCUAGUUCUUGAUGACUUUAAGCGAUUUAAAUCCUCCCUAAGUUGUAACUUCCCAGAUUGUCAGUUUUCCGGCAACAGUACACACUUUCACUGUUUGCGGUGUGGCUUCCGAUGCACUGACAGCACAAAAGUGACAGCUCACCGCAAACAUCACGGCAAGCAAGAUGUCAUCAGCGCUGCCGGCUUCUGCCAGUUUAGUUCUAGUGUAGAUUGCGAAGUGUCUGAUUGCAAGUACAAGCUUAAGUGUUCCCACUUUCAUUGCACUUAUCCCAGCUGCAAGCACACGGUGGUGGGUAUGUCUCAGAUGGACUCACACAAACGUAAACAUGAAAAGCAAGAACGAGGGGAACUUCCAUCAGUCUCCCCAGGCCCUGAGGGAUUAACUCAGACUGGCACUGAAUAUGACCUCCAAAAUCCACCAGUAAACUUGGACAGCUCCCUGAAUCUGAGCACAGACAACCACAGCUCACUUCUCUUCCUGCAAAAUCCAGUUGGAGUGGGAUUAAAUGAUUCACUAGACCUUAGCAAGAAGCCACAAGAUGGGCCCACUGCAGACUCAAGACAAGAACUUCGGGACAACCUAGCAGGGCACGCUGGAGAUGCUGAUGACUUUUUAUCACACGAUGAGGACGACGAUGAUGACGACGAUGAUGAUGAUGAUGAAGAAGAUGAAGAAAUGAAUGAAGAUGAGGAGGAAGAUGAGGAAGAUCUUAAUUCAGAUUCAGAUGACUCCUUACCUGUUGGCAAGUGUUUAGCAAGGAAAGAAGAUGAAGAGAAUACAGUGGGUGCUAUAAAUCACUGUGACACCUCAAAAAUCCCUUUAAAUCUCCAAACAUCCCCUUAAAUUUGUUAAUGUAUAAAUGGAGGGCCCUGCUCUCUGUCUAUAUGGAAAAAUAAUAACAAGUAGUGAAGGAAAAGAAGCCUAAAUAUUGCUGAAUGUGUUCUGCUCCUGACUAGGCCACCAGUUGAGGCAAAUCCUCAAAAUGAAAGCAUGAAUUCUGGUGCAUGACACCAGUGGGACAAGAUUAAGUGACUUCUUGCAACUUGAAAUCCAUCUUUACUCUACCAGAUAUGGAAAAAAAUAAGAUGGGGUACUAGUUGUUACUCCUCUAGCACCAAAAAAGGGGAGGAGCUACUGUCUUUUUAAGCUAGAGGAGGCAAUGGGCUGGGUUUGUGGGUAUUUAUUGACAAGCAUUAUUGGGUGCCCUAUGCUGAGGCUCUCUUCUGUUCUUCCAGUUUCUAUCUGGGUUAUUCCCAGGAAGUUAAUGAUUUAUUUUAUAAAUAUUUAUAUAGAAAGCUUUCCUCUGCACCAUUUGCUCUUGUUAAUUUAUUUAUUUGGUAUUGUUCCAGCAUAAUGAAAGGGGACUAAGCUUAUAUAAAAGUGGCCAGAACGGUGGCUGCUUGAAAUUUGGUAACCUGGAGUGAUGGUGGACAAGUGUCAUAAAAGGUGGUAAAACUGCAGUUACGUGGUUGGUUCCAUGUUAAAAACGCAUAUUUCUCAGGGGUAAGCACUCAAUAUCAGAUGCUAGAUGAGCUCUCUUCUCUAGUUCAGCUUCCCCCAACUCCUCUAAAAUAUGCUAGGGAUCAGGAUGAUGUGCACUUAAAUGAUGAGUCUGGGAGUAGAUUUGUGCUAGCCCUGUAAGCAGCAAAAGUUUGAGAAUUGGCAUUGCACCUCAGACCUCUGAGUAUAGCACAGGAUAUCCUCUCUCAGGUAGAAAAUCAUUCAGCAAAGAAGCUACUUCAUAACAUGGUGGGAGUGAAAUGAACAAUUAAAAUGUUGCCAUUUGGCUUAGGUAAUAUUAAAUUAAUGGGUUCCAGGUUCUAAUGGAAACAGUUUUCUGAAAAAAAGCAAAUCGAAAGGCUGUAAUUUGAAUUUUAUUACAUGUUUGGAGUGUCACCACCAAAAAGAAAAACACUACUUAACCUCCCACUUCUACCAUACAGGAACUACACAUCCACCUUGCCAUGUUUCCAGUCUGAAAUAUAUUUAUUACCCUGAACAAAGAACACAACAAAAAAAUAUGGUUGUAAAAUCUAUAGUGUUCGCAACAAAUGGUGUCAGAGAUACAGAUGAAUUAUGAUUAAACAAAAAAAAAAAAAGUUGUACAGUAUUUUUUCUGUAAAGGUUAUAUAUAGAACAAAAGGUAAAAAUAAGAAAAAAAAGCUUGCAUAAAGGUGGCAUGGUGUUAUGUCUGGGCACCUUCAGGCAUCAGCAUUAUCACCUUCUCCCCGCUCUAAUCGCUCUUUUGGUUUUCUAGUUUCUGAUUUUAUGGAGUCGGGAAGUUUGACUUCACUUUAGCACUGAAACGCGAUUCCGACUUUUAACUUGAAUUUUAUAGAAAAAAAAUGAAAUGUUCAGAUAAUAUGAACAAUUGUAAUCUUCAGAUUGUUGCUAUAAGUUUGUAGUUAUUUAAUUUUGUGGGUUCACACACCCCUUCCUCGAUCAGUUCUGUGUGUUUUUAUUUUUAGUUACAGUUUUCCCUUAUUUCUUUGUAUGUCAGUUGUGACACGAGACUACAACCUGCACCUUUUAACUGUGGAUGAUGCUAACAUCAUAUGAAUUACAUUCUAGUGUAGUCUUUCUCAGCCACAAUAAACUUGAAUUCAGGUUUGGAGGUAGGAAAGGCUAGGAAGUAAUGCACCCCAUUGGGUGGCUAGACAACUUCAGGUCAUGAAAGCUGCACCCAGGCCAGGCUUUUAUUUCUAUGUUUGAUGGUUUGUUUGUUUUUUAUAUCUCCAUACUCAAGUAGAAUAUCUAUCAAGUCUGGUCUGUGUGACUUCUGGACCUACCUUGUCUACCUACUGUAUGCUUUGUAUUUUUACUCUGUAACACAACAGACGUCUCUUUCACACUCCUGCUGUUCUGUACAACUUAUGCAUCGAAACUGACAAAUUCAAAUGGCACUUUUAACUGUAUUAAGAAUAAAAUGUUGCUUGAUGGUCCAGCACCAGCAAGAGAAGUGAAGGGAGAAUAGAGUCAGUUACUGAAAUUCCCCAAGGAGAAUCUGAAAGCAUCACAAGAUUGGUUCAUUUCUAAAAUCUAUAUAACUAAAGCAAAAAAAUAAAACAAGAAAAUCCAUUUACAAUGUAGCAGAAAAAGGAGAUACAAUGAAAAUUAAGAAACUAUUAAGUUGGAGGUUUUAUAAGGUUUGUAUUGCACAGUAGGACAUAAGCCAUCUCCAACUCAUCUUCAGAAUUUAAUGUGUCAUUUUGUUUUAACUUUUCUGUCAAAACAAAACUAAGGUCUUUCUUUGCACUGGCUAAUUACUGUUUACUAUCUAUAUCUAAAUACCCUAGUUGUAUAAUGAUAUCGGUAUAGGCAUAUGCAUGUGUCACUGGGUGUGUGAGCUACAUAUAUGAGAAUAUAUACACACAGACACAUAUAUGUAUUACAUCCAAUAAUUCGAAGAGUAACCUAAAGCCAGGAAAGAAUAUGUACCGCAACAUACUUGAAUUGGAUUUUCCCACAUUGCUAAGAACUGAAUAUUUUUCCACUUGAAUUUAGUGCUGUUAGAAAUUUAAUAUAUGUGUUUAUUUAUUUGAUUUUUUUUUGUGCAUGACUGAUGCAAGGUUUGACAUUUUCACUCAAUAAAAACUGGAAAAAGGA